GGAAGGCACCGCCCUGCGGGAUCCGGGCCGGAGGCCUCUCGGAGCGCUGCCUCCGGCGAGGUGCGUGUAGACUUGGUCGCCGUGGCGGCGGGGCGCAGGCCGGGGCUCCUCGCUGGCCCCGCGGCUGGGGAGCGCCCCCGCCACCACAGCCUGUCUGGGCCCUCCGAGUGAGAGCUGACGGCGGCGGCCGCGGAGACCCCAGGGAAUGUGACAGUCGCCGGGGUGGGGCCAAGACACGGACUACACUGUGCCCACGUGCUGGGGGCCAGACGGGGCUCAGCCCCGAGACCGCCCGGGGCGUGGGACGGCGGGGGCGCGCUUCCAGGCUCCACUACCCCAGCCUCCUGGCUCGCAGAGACUGGCUCGGGGAUGCCCGGCCGCUUGGGUGCCCGGCCCCCUUCUUGGACCGCGGCGUGAGGAGCGAGACAGAGGAAAGGACCGAGGGGCGGCCGGCCAGUCCCGGUGCGGGCGGACGCGGCUAGAGGUAGGGGCCAAGAAGCCGAGUCCCCGGGCUGCCUUCGGGCCGCCCUCCUCGCGGAGCAAUGGCUUCCAAACUCCUGCGCGCGGUCAUCCUUGGGCCGCCCGGCUCGGGCAAGGGCACUGUGUGCCAAAGGAUCGCCCAGAACUUUGGCCUCCAGCAUCUCUCCAGCGGCCACUUUUUGCGGGAGAACAUCAAGGCCAAGACCGAAGUUGGUGACUUGGCAAAGCAGCACAUAGAGAAAGGUCUUCUGGUUCCAGAUCACGUGAUCACACGUCUGAUGAUGUCGGAGCUGGAGCAGAGGCGCGGCCAACACUGGCUACUGGACGGUUUUCCUAGGACAUUAGGACAAGCUGAAGCCCUGGACAAAAUCUGUGACCUGGAUCUCGUGGUUAUUCUGAACAUUCCAUUUGAGACACUUAAAGAUCGUCUCAGCCGACGCUGGAUUCACCCUCCCAGUGGAAGGGUGUACAACCUGGACUUCAACCCCCCACACGUGCAGGGGCUUGACGACCUCACUGGUGAGCCAUUAGUCCAGCAGGAGGAUGAUAAACCAGAAGCGGUCGCUGCCCGGCUCAGGCAGUACAAGGACGUGGCCAAGCCGGUCAUUGAGCUGUACCGGAGCCGAGGAGUGCUCCACCAAUUUUCUGGGACGGAGACUAACAAAAUCUGGCCCUAUGUUUACACGCUUUUCUCGAACAAGAUCACACCUAUUCAGUCCAAAGAAGCAUACUGACCCUGCCCAGCGGAAGAAUCAGGGAGCUGUGGUCAUCCUUUCAGUUAUGUGUUUAGUACUGGUGCUGUGUCCAGAUUAGAAGCUAGCCAAAAUAACUUGCAGCAUCUUUUUUAGUUUAAAUGAUGAACUGAUUUGAAAACUAAUGAAUAGAAGGAAUUUGUGAAGAGACUCCCUGACUUUCAAAGGAAUGGCCACCUCCCUAAGUGUGAGGUGUGUCUGUGUCCGGCUCAGGCCCCUUACAUGCGUGUGCCAGGUGGAUUUCCAGUGGCCUAUAACUUGCUUUCUCACUGACUACGUGGUCGUGUUGUCACUGCAGAACUCCUCUUACUCGUGAUAGUGGCUGGUGUCUCUGGAUUUCCCUAUCCCUCUAAAAAUGGUUGAACCAUAGGACCAGUAAGCCUCAGAAUGACCAGGGCCCUGUCCAGGAUUUCUCCGGAGUGUGCCCUGCUGGGAAGAUGAAGUUGAAGUCGGUCCCUCUCACAGCUGUCUCCUGGUCCUGAGUGGCUGUGUCCAUGGCUCCCUGGCCUGGCAGGAGUGGCUGCCACCCCAUGCCCAUGCUUCACAUACAAUCUCCUUUUCAGAAAUCCUGGGAUGAGAGGAUUUGGCUGUAGUGUUUUCAAGAUUAUGUAUUUUUGCAUCUGUUUUCUCUCUUCCUGGGCUAUUAAAUAGUACAGAUCAUUGCAGUUAUCCCUUGAAUGACCUUCUGCGAGCUGAAGAGUGAAGGGCUGCAUGGAAUCUCUUCAUGGGCUAGGGAGUGAGCUGGGCAGGGGUCUGACUCUCAGAGAUGGACACUGCUUCUUUCUUUUAUUAUAAAAAAAAAUCAAACCCCUUAAAGUCUUUUGGGAGCCCACCUAAAGUCUUUUGGGAACCCUCAGAAAAAGGGAAUUAUGUAUCUACACAAAUGUUGGAAGAUCAUAUCUUAUGCGUAGAAGUAGUGAGGCCAUCUGGGAUGACUGGACUGACAGAGGAGUUAGGCUUAUUAUUUAAGACAACAACAUGAUCUGUGAAAAUGCUGCUACCGAUGCUGACAGUGUGUUUCUCCUGUACGUGACCCAAGUGUAUCAAACAUUGUCAUGGGGAACGGAGCCUGUGCGGUUGGGUACAAUGUCGCACCAACUGUGCCAGACUGGGUAUGCUGGCUUUACAAUUACGGGGAACAAAAUCUUCAUUUUUUUUUUUUUUCUGUUCCAAAGAUGUAUUCUAUGGGGUGGCCACAGAGUCUAGAAUAGAUACUAGUAUUUUGUCAUUUGUUAUAAUGGAUAGCAAGAAGCCAUGUGUAACAAGAUUUGUCUGGUUUCCAGACGUGGUGGCCACCUUGGAUAAUUCCUGCUGUCCUCUAGGAAGGACAAUGAAGUUUAUUCCUGCUGCCUUAAAAAUACACGUCCCUUCUUCAUGCAUCCUGACUGUACCCCGCGGGCCACCUUACUGCUCCUGGAAGUGACUUCUGUCUAACCCUUCACUCUGGGGAGGAAAAGAAGAGCAUUUCCUGGUUAAGACACACUUCACUGCCUACAGGUGUCCCGGCAAACCCCACAUCCCUGCACUGCUGUGUGUGUUACAUGUGCCGUGUGUGGUGCCAGCGCACACCUUCCCUGCUCUCGCCGGACCCCCUUCCCGGUCCCUUUGUGGGAAUGUUCUCUGGAUACCUUAGUGGAAAUUUAGACCAGUCUCCUCAUUCUCUCAGUGACAGCAAAGUAAGACUAUUUAUCUUUCAGGUUGAUGCACUGAAACGGCCCAGUGCAGGGCUGUGGAAAGUCAGCAUGUUAUAUCGGCUCUGAGCACUUUAGAAUUUAGGGUUGCAAUUGAACACGAGAUGGUACAGACAGGUAGGUAUUGGAUGUGUAGGUAAAGCUCAGGCUUCCUUGAGAACCAGGUACAGAGAAAAACAAGUCUGAUAUGAGAAAAAUGGCCAUUUCUGCAAACUAGAAAAAGUAGAAAGUUAAAGUUACAUUUUAUGGGUAACUCAAAAGAGGAAAGUAUGUGCUUUAUUGGAAGCAGAAACAUCUUCAAGCUUUUAGCAGACCUUGCAGUGUGAUGACUGCCUUUGGGAUGUGAGGAAGGAAUGGGAAGAGGCUGAUCCCUGAUUCCAUCCUCUCUCCUCCCUCCCUGGAUCCCUCUCUCUUCUUUUCCAGCUAAAUAGACAGUUGUAGCCAACACCGAGUCAUUCGGUGAGAUGCGACAAGGCUUGAUUCUGCUGCAGCUGGCCAGCAGGUGAGGGUCCUUUGCUAGGUGAGACCAAUAAUUAGGGAAACAUCUUUUCCAUGGGCUUUGAAAGAUGAUGCUUGUUUUUCAUGGUCAGUGGCCUUAAAACAGUCUUUCUGGUUCUUGUAAACCUUCUAGUUUUCCCUUAAGUAAUUUUGUAAGAGUUAUCUUGAAAAUUUGACAAAAUUAAAGGGACUUUUUUUCUUGGUUUUCUUCCAUUGCAACACAUAUCACUCUUUCACAUUUAAGAGAAGGGCACAGUUUGGAUGGUCUUUAAGACUCCACCCCAGCUCUGAAUUCAUCUGCUUCCAUUAUCUUCAUAGCUCCCACUUACUUAGAACUUGGAAAUGCUGCUGUGUUUAUGGGCCCCACCCUAACACAAGCACUCGACAGCUACUAUUUAUUGAAUAGUUGCUUACUGAGUGCAGUGUCCCGCUGUAGGACCCUUACGGACCCUCAUCUGCCCUUUCUAGCAUCCUGUGAGGUUGGCAUGAUUGUGUGUUUAUAAACUCAGAAGGCAGGGUUGGGGUGUGAAGCAUCCUUCCAGGUCUCUGCAGCUGAUGAACAGUGUAGCUGGGACCCAGAGAAGUUUCCUGAAUCAGAAGAUGGGCAUGUUUCUGGAUUAAAUACCUGUGUCCUGUCCCCAGAAACCUAGACCCCCAAGCCUGCGGGUUCUGCUUGUAGCCUCAGAUCAAGAAUAUUCUGUGUGAGAAUAGUCUUCCCUUCUCUUAUGUAAGUGAAGGAAUCUGCUGGAGAACAGUCUGAGCCCAUAGCCCUUGCCCAGCACUCACGGGCAGACAGAAUAAAAGGCCAUCCUGGUGGGUGGGGCUUGGGCCCAGGCUAAUCUGCAGAGGAUGAGUAUGUCUCUCUCUCCCCCUCUGACAUCCACUGUGCUGUGCCCUGAGACAGCUCUGCACCACUGCAGUUGUGGGUUUCACACGCAGGCCUGUGUGGGUUUCACACCCAGACUCUGCUCACUUUUCUUCCCUGAGAUGAGGAUGAAUCCCUCCCUCUCUCCCUCUCCAGACAAGGUUCAGAUGGCCAGGGAGCCCUUCCAAGUGCUGGCAGGUGCCUGAGCGUCCGCACAGGUGACUCUGGACUUGUGCACCAUUCUUUACUCCAUCUAAGCACAUCACAUGCACUGUCUGUUCAAAUCCUCAGCACUACCUAACGUAGUGGAUGGGACUAGCUCAAUUAACUUACCUCCUUUUAUUUAACAUGUGUUUUCAUGUACCUAUGGGAUUAAUCAGGAAAUUUAAAGGAGUCUUUUUCAGACCUUCAGCCCUAUUUGAGCUCCUCAUUCUUAUUAGUGGAUAAACCAGGGUGUUUGCCCACCUGGAAUCUUCACUUUUGGCGCUCUGGUGCUGAGACAGGGAGGGGCUCAGUGGGUCACCGUGGGGUCUGCUUGAGGUGUGCCACAGAUGUGUGGCACAGAUCACGUGUGCACAGAGGGCAAGUGACAUGGGUCACAUGUGCACAGAGGCAUGUGGCACGAGUCGUGUGUGCACAGAGGCGUGUGGCAUGGGCUGUGUGUGCACAGAGGCCGUGUGGCACGGUUCGUGUGUGCACAGAGGCCGUCUGGCACGGGUCGUGUGUGCACAGAGGCGUGUGGCACGGGUCGUGUGUGCACAGAGGCCGUGUGGCACGGGUCGUGUGUGCAC